AUGCCUGAGAGUUCUCUCAAAGGCGUGCCGAAGCCAACUGUCAGUGUCAGUGUGAGUAAUGAUAAUUUGAAACCUGCUGACAAAUCCACUAAAAUCUUAAAAGAAAGAGCCAUCCAGGGGUUAAAAUUGGCUGAAAUUGACAAAACUGAAGAAAACGAUGCGCCCGAUUUAGACAUUCAAGACAUCGACUUAUUGGAUUUAGACAAGGAAGAAAAAGACUCAUCUGAUUUAGACACAGAAGAAAUCGAUGAUUCUGAUUUAGAAAUAGGCGAUUUGAAUCUGAAUAACGUUCAACUGGACAUUCUAAGAAAAAGAUGGAGUAGCUCGUGUGACAAAAAAGCUUCUAGAACUUGUACGGCAGCAUGCAAAAAGGCAUAUAGGAUUGUCUGCAGCUCAUACAGAUGUAGACGUAAAAUGAAACGGGAUUUCAAAACGGAAUGCAAAAGGAACUGUAGGUCCAAAUUUGUAGGGUCCAUCACUAGUAAUGAGUCUGAUACAGAUUGAAGAAAACUUGGUAGAUAUUUUAUGUCAGAAAUCAAUAAAAUAAAUUAGUCUUUA